AAAUAAAAUGACAAAUAACUCCUAAUGCCUACGUCUGCGCUUACUAUAACGAAAUAUAAUCCGAUUCCUAUCAGGGUGUCCCUCAGAAAUCUCUAGAAUGGAGAUGGAAAUGUGAUUCUGGUGAUUUCCAUUGCCUGAAUAGCCCAAAGUGUUCGGUAUCUGCUGUCAUGUCACUUGUAACAUUUAGGAGCCUGCUCAUAAAGUAUCCUUGAAUACAUUUUAUCUACAAACAUCUCUCUAUUUUCACUAGAAUGUCAUGUGGCAUUAUGGCCACAUAAUGCACAUAUAAAACUAUUUGUGUGGAGUCUUCAAUUUGUAUGAGUUUGAAAAUUUCUUAUCAUUUCGUUGAGUGGACAUAUUUAGUGAGCUUGCCGACAAUCAUCUUAUGCAUUUGGUAUUUAGUUGAAAUCUUGAAGUUUCUUGUUUGAUAACUUCAUUUUCUUGUUCUGACCUCUGGCUAAUCUAUUUCUGGCAUUUUCCCAAAAAGUUUUCUUUUUCACAUGUUAUCAGGGAUCAACUGUUCAAGCAGAAUUUGAUUUGGCCACAGGUGCUCUAGAUAAUUCAAAUUUUCUGCCAAUUCAAGAGUCACUUUCUGUAACAGCUGAGAGACCUCUAGUUCCCAUCUCAGCAACAUCAAGCCCAGUCUCGGAUGCUUCUCCCAGAAACACACGUGCAGCGAUCAGAAUGUUGUAUACAGAAGAUGGAAUACUAGUGGCAGAGGAUUUUUGCAGGAAUUCUGAACUCCAAUUUUGGGAAUCAGGCUUGGAUUUGCACAACCAGCACUACAUUGAGAGGAUAAAGGAGCUGCAGUGUCAACUUGAUAUGGUGAAGGAGAUUGUGAGGCCAGGUUGUUCAGAAGAAGUGCUGAAUGUGGCCUUGAAUUCCAUUUCAUCACUUGUCAGAAUUCUCUCCAUGUUGUCUUCCAAACAAAAGCCCCAUGCCUCACUAUGACUUGAUCAAACCACACGUUGGCAGCACUACUAUUAUAAGGAAGAAUGUCUGUCAAGCUGUAUUGAUUACCCUGAUUUAAAGGAUGACUAUGAAGCCUAUCCCAUCUGGAAGGAAAAGAAGAUAACAAAUGAUCCAGUGCUGGAUAUCGAUGGCCACCUGUUGUAUACUGUCACAUAGGUAUGCUGUAAAGAUCUGUUUAUUAGUCAUUUUUGAAGAUCCAUUAAUUGUGUUAUAAGUCGUAAUGCUGGUUGUAAACAUAUAUUUUGCCAUUGGCAAUUUCUGUUUUUGGGUCUGACAAUAUUUAAAUUUAGAUAUCAGACAUACUUAUGCCUAAUUAAACCAUCAUCGUGUUAGCAGCGUCUUGUAGUGAGAGACAGAAAUAUGGACUUAGUAAAACGGGCACCAGACCUGAAACAUGUCACUUCUUCUUGACCUUAGUGUGAGCUAUUAAUAUGUCCUUAGAUCUGUCCUCCCUGUUUCUUGCAGAAGUUAGCUAUGUUCGUCGUAGAGUUUCUUAGGUUUAGGAGUUAUGAAUAGACGGUAACUUC